ACUGCAUCUUCCAUCACCAUUUCAGUCGUAAUCGGACAGUCGCUGUAGAGACUAUCUCACUGUUUGGGUUGGUCUUGGUGAGGAAAUAGUUUUCACGUUGUAGAAAUCUUGUUUUGUGAUCAGUUGGAAAGUGAAAUCUCUUGUGUGGAGUUGUUCGCAUAACGUAUGGUGAUUUAGUGCAUUUUAGUUUUAUAAUGGAGAGUAGCAGUGGUAAUGCUACAACAGAAAGUACUCAAAAUAAUUCAGAUAGUGACUUGGGGUGUGGCUGUAAAAAUUCAACGUCUAGUAUAACAAUUUCGGUAACGCCUACUACCGGAGGCCAGUUCGAUUUAGCCGUAACUAAAAACGAUACAAUAGAAAAUCUGAAAAAACUUAUUUCUAAAAAGUUGAAAGUGCCAAAGGAAAGGAUAUGCCUGCUGCACAGAGAAAGACAAUUGAGGGAGGGAACAGUACAAGAAAAUCAACUUGUAGAUGGCAGCAGGCUGACUCUUCUACCUAGCGUUGAAACAGGACUUCUGGUGAGUUUCUAGUUGCUUUUUUUAAUUUUAGUUA